GGAGCGGAAGAGGUGGGGCCCGCUACUCUAUUUCUUUUCUAAAUUAUAUUUUCGGCUUUUUCCCCCCCAAUCGAGUGCCAACAAGGCGAGUCUCUAUUAUUUGUCAACUGAAUUUGCCAAGUCAGCAACCUCAGAGGCCCACUACAUCCCCGUGCAGCCGCAAAGAGCGGGGAGACAAACGGCCCCGACGACGCCGUUUCAAGCAGCACUGACACUCGGUUCAAAUGAUAUAUAAGGCUGCAGCGAGAAAAUCUGAGGCUCAGAAAGUCCCGUUGCUUCUCUCCCGCCACACUCUCCCAAGAAAGCAAGAAUGGAGAUUCUCUCAGCUCCAUCGUCCCGCUUUCUCCCCUUCGAAAACUCGAAGCUGCAAACAAAGCAGCCAGGAAUCGCCCCGCCGGAGAAGUGGCUCCAGUUCCUAUCGGCGACGAGUUCGUCCUCUUCGCUACUUACUCCUCUGAGAAGUAGCAGUAGUUCUUCGAAGCCGUCCUUCUGCUUCACUACGAGAGCUGCUUCCGCUACUGAAGUUGCCGCUUCUGAAUCGUCGGCCGAAUUGAGCUCAUCCGCAGAGAGCGACGUGCUGAAUGCCCUGUCUCAGAUCAUCGAUCCUGAUUUCGAAAAGGACAUUGUGAGUUGUGGAUUUGUCAAAGAUCUAGAGAUCGAUGAAGGUCAUGGAAAGGUUUCGUUUAGGUUGGAGCUUACUACGCCGGCUUGUCCAAUCAAGGACUUGUUUGAGCAGCAGGCCAAUGAGGUGGUCGCUGGGCUGCCAUGGGUGAAGAAUGUUAGUGUGACAAUGUCAGCACAGCCAGCUAAACCUAUGUACGCGGGAGAACUUCCUCCUGGUUUGCAGACCGUUUCGAAUAUCAUUGCAGUUUCUAGUUGCAAGGGAGGGGUGGGGAAAUCAACUGUUGCUGUGAAUCUUGCAUAUACUCUGGCUGGUAUGGGUGCUAGAGUUGGGAUAUUUGAUGCUGAUGUGUAUGGUCCUAGUUUACCAACAAUGGUCUCUCCUGAGAACCGGUUGCUGAUGAUGAACCCAGAGAAUAGAAGUAUUAUACCUACUGAAUACAUGGGAGUGAAGUUGGUUUCGUACGGGUUUGCUGGACAAGGUCGCGCGAUGAUGAGGGGUCCAAUGGUGUCAGGAGUUAUCAACCAGCUUCUCACGACUACUGAGUGGGGAGAGCUGGAUUACCUUAUCAUUGACAUGCCUCCUGGGACUGGCGAUAUACAGAUUACUUUAUGCCAGGUUGUCCCACUGACUGCUGCUGUUAUCGUGACCACCCCUCAGAAGCUUUCAUUCAUCGAUGUUGCAAAGGGUGUUCGGAUGUUUUCAAAGCUUAAGGUGCCUUGCGUUGCUGUAGUGGAGAAUUUGCACCACUUCGAUGCUGGUGGAUACCGAUAUUACCCUUUUGGCAGAGGAUCCGGUUCUCAGAUUGUUGAGAAACUUGGGAUCCCUCAUCUGUUUGAUCUUCCAAUCAGGCCAACUCUAUCUGCCCAUGGGGAUAAUGGGAUGCCUGAAGUAGUUGCUGAUCCUCUAGGCGAAGUUGCAAAGACGUUCCAGGACCUCGGAGUUUGUGUUGUGCAGCAAUGUGCUAAAAUACGUCAACGGGUUUCAACUGCGGUCACUUAUGAUAAAUCGAUGAAGGCGAUCAAAGUGAAGCUGCCAAAUUCAGAAGAAGAGUUCCUCCUCCAUCCUGCAACAGUAAGGCGAAACGAUCGUUCUGCACAAAGCGUGGACGAAUGGACAGGGGAGCAGAAGCUGAUGUACUCUGAUGUCCCGGAAGAUAUCGAACCUGUAGACAUUCGGCCAUUGGGAAACUACGCAGUCGAAAUAACAUGGCCCGACGGAUUCAACCAGAUUGCUCCUUACGAUCAAUUGCAAGAGAUGGAGAGACUGGUCGGCGAUACUUUCCCCUUUUAAGCAGCUAACCAUCCACCCUCUUCAUUUUGAUCACCACUCUUGCCUGCGCACAAGCUUUGUCAAAAGUACAGCAUGAUGAAGGUUUACUGUUAGCAUAGGCCAGUGAGUCUACCACUGAAUAGAGAGAGGGAGUGCCAAAUCUUCUCCUGAUAAUAAUUGACGUCGAUGUCAUGAUAGUCUCAAUCCGUCUUCUUCGCAUACGGGUCACGUUUGUUUGUUGGGUUUGUAUAGUGGGGAAAUUCUACGUACAUUUUGGUCAAAGAAAGCUGAUGAUGAACAGUGCGCGCAAAAAUCUGAUUACUGAGCAGAGACUUCUGUAUAGUGACAUUUCGUUUAUUGAGCAGUCUUUCUAUAUGAUUUUGGCUGUUGUGAAAUCGUCGGCUGUCAUUUCAGGUUCUGUAGUGUGGGGGAGUCUGAACACAGUAGCAGGCCAGCAGCAUGCAAUGCACUGCGCAGCCGCUGCUGUUGACAAUUUGUAUUAGACAUGUGACCAAAUUAGACAGAUGGUACGACUUAAUUCCAACUUGUUAGCUGGAUCUCAAAUUCCAAACCCAAAAAUUCCGUUCAUUUUUAGGACGGUAGGUUUCUCAUGGCAAUCUGCUUCUUGGCUAAUAUGCUGACGUGAAGCAAUCAGCACGUGCCAACGUCUUGUUGAAUUUGCCCUCCAACAGAUUACCGACCAUUUAAUUGAACAUAGUGAAUUUUAUUUUUCAAAUUAACGUCAUGAAAUCAA